UCAGUUUGCAGCAUUUUGGAAUUAUAAUUGAAACACAAGGGGUUAAUUGAUCUUGAGAUGAACAGACAAAGAAGAAAAACAGAAAAACAGAAGAGGGCUGGAGACAGAGGACAGUGGGCCAGUAAAACUGAAUAUAUUCUGGUUGUUGCAGGAAAUGUGGUUGGUUUGGGCAACGUGUGGAGAUUUCCUUACCUCUGCUACAAGAAUGGUGGAGGUGCCUUUCUGGUGCCGUAUGGUCUGUUAGCUGUGGUGGUUGGGUUACCUCUGUUCCUACUGGAGAGUUCAGUAGGUCAGUACACCCAGGAAGGAUUCAUCACCUGCUGGAGGAAGCUGUGUCCACUGGCACAAGGAAUUGGAUAUGGAAAUACUAUAAUUAAACUGUAUGACUUCAGCUACAUUAUAAUUCAAGUCUGGGCUCUCCUCUACCUGGUGUUGUCAUUCAGAUCCCAGCUCCCCUGGGGCAGUUGUGAGAACACCUGGAAUACAGAUUCAGACAAAUCAUACCGUGCUGACAAACACCACCUCUGCUGCUACCGAGUUCUGGGAACGGCGAGUGCUGGGCAUGUCUGGAGGCAUUGAGGAGCUGGGCAGUGUGAGAUGGGAGCUGGCUUUGUGUCUUCUGGCCAGCUGGAUGUUCUGCUACUUCAGUAUCUGGAAAGGUGUC